AUGCCCGCCUCACAGCCGCUCCCCGGUGCCCUCCGCACCCUGACCCGAUCCAGCCUCGGCCGAUCCCGCACCCCCCUCGCCCCGACCGCCCGCCCGGUCCGCCGCGCCGCGCCGACCCUCCUCGGCACCACCCCAGCAGCCUCGCGAUGCCUCUCCUCUAGGCCGCCGGCCCGCCGGCCCCUCCUCCUCCCACCACCACUACCCCGCACCGCCGCUGCCGCCGCCGCGGCACGGCAUUACCACCCGACAACAACAUCAGCCCAACAACCCCCCAUCUCCACCACCACCACCACCACCACCCCGCCCUUCAGCGCAACCGAGGCCGCCAUCCUGGCCGCGGCCUACGCCCACGUCCCCGCGCACGGCUUCACGGCGCGCGCCCUGGCCCUCGGCGCCCGCGACGCCGGCUACCCACCCCGCGCACGGGAGCUGUCCCCCACCGCCGCUGCCGUAACGCAGGACGAGGUCAACGCCCGCGCCGAGGCGCUCGCCUGGGAGCGCCUGCUGCUCAACACGCCCGUCAUCGGACGGUGGCAAGAGGCUCAGGCAAUAAUGGCGCAGCCCACCUUCGCCCCCGAGUGCAUCAGCGCCCUGGCCGCCCUGGCCGACGACGUCUGGGCACUCGCCGGCGACGCGGCCGUCGACCCGACGUGGUACGCCAAGCGCGCCGCCCUGUCGGCCGUCUACGCGUCGGCCGAGCUCUACAUGACGGCGGACCGGUCCGAGGGCUUCCGCGAGACGCGCGAGUUCCUGCGCCGCCGAUUCGCCGAGACGGCCGAGCUCGGCCGCGCCGCACAGUCCGUCGGCCAGUGGCUGGGCUUCACCGCCGCCGCGGGCCUCAACGUCCUCAGGAGCAAGGGGGUGAACAUAUGA